AUGGCCAGCACUAAAGUCAGAGAUUAUGACAGCAUUGUCAGUUUUCUGGGCUCGUGGGGGCCGUUUCAGCGUCAGAUCUUCUUCUCGCUCGCUCUAAGCAUCAUCCCAAACGGCUUCAUCGGCGCCUACAUCGUGUUUGUUGCGGCGUCACCGCCUCAUGAGUGUUUGAUUCCUGACAGCUACAACCUGAGUCAAGCGUGGACGGAGGUGGCCAUCCCUCUGGAGACGGUGGACGGCAAGGCGCAACGCAGCUCUUGCUUCAGGCUCAACAUGGACAUGGUCAGGAACUACUCUGACAGAGGGCUCCGUCCGAAUGAAGGCGUGAACGUGAGUGAGGUUCCGCUGGAGUCCUGUGUGGACGGUUGGAAAUACAGCAAGGACAUCUACCAGUCGACCAUUGUCAUGGACUGGGACUUGGUGUGUGACGACGCUUACAAGGUCCCGCUGACGACUUCCAUCCAUUAUGUUGGGGUUCUCCUAGGUGGCCUUCUCUCAGGUCAGAUGUCUGACAGGUACGGCCGGAAGUAUGCGCUCUUCCUCAUGAUGGCUCUUCAAACAGUGGCGACGGCCGCGCAGAUAUUCUCUCCCAACUGGGUGGCCUUCACCAUCUUGUUCAGUAUUGGCGGAGCCGGUUCGGUCUCCAACUAUGUCAUUGCCUUCGUGCUCGGCACAGAAAUCCUCAACGCCAAAGCCAGAGUUUUCUUCUGCUCCCUGGGCGUGUUCAUGAGCUCAGGUAUUGGCUACAUGCUGUUAGCUCCGGUGGCGAUGGCGUUGAGGGAGUGGCAUCUGUUGAUGAUCCCGAUGGCGGCAUGUGGUCUGAUCUACAUCCCAAUUUGGUGGUUGGUGCCAGAGUCUCCGCGAUGGCUGUUCUCUCAAGGACGCGUGAAGGAAGCCGAAAGCAUUCUCAUCUACGCGGCCAAGAGGAACAGGAUUGUCCCCCCGGAAACUAUUUUCAGUCAAGAUGAGAUCGACGCAGCUCUGAAUGCAAAUGAGAAGAAGCACAACCUAUUUGUGGUCCUGCGCGACUGCAACGUCUUCAUCAUCCUCCUGCUCUGCUCCUUCCUCUGGGUCAUCAUCACCAUCGGCUACUUCGCCUUGAUCCUCAACACCUCCAACCUGCACGGAGACCCGUACCUCAACGCCUUCCUGUCGGCGGUGGCCGAGGUCCCGGCUUACCUCAUCGCCCUGGCGCUUCUGCGCUUCUUCUCCAGACACUUCUGCCAGUCGUCGACUCUGUUCGUCGGAGGAGUGAUGAUCCUCUGCGUUCAUCUCAUCCCCAUUGAUCUUCCCUGGGUGGGGGUGCUGCUGGAGAUGUUGGGGAAAUUCGGCAUCACCGCUGCGUUCUGCAUCGUCUACACCGUCUCCUCGGAGCUCUUCCCCACGGUGAUCAGGAACUCGGCCAUGGGAUGUUGCGCCAUGGCCGCCCGUCUGGGCACCAUCAUCUCCCCGUUCAUCAUCUACAUCGGGCAGUUCUAUAAGGCUUUGCCGUAUAUUCUCAUGGGAGCACUGGCUCUUCUCGGCGCCUUCCUCUGUCUCCUGCUGCCGGAGACGCACAAGAAGCCGCUUCCAGAGACGCUAGCGCACAUGCAGAAGCUGUUCUGGAUAAGAAACAAAGUCAAAGAUGGAGAACCAGAGAGUGAAGCUGGCGACGACCAACUCAAAGAGGGAAGAUGCAUUCAGGAGCACAGGUUCUAGUUACCUCACACAGACACGAAGGUCAUGAC